AUGUUCCUCCACCUGCCAUUCAAAUGCCAAUUUUUCCAGCGCAGCAACCCAUGGCGCAGUCGGCAUCAUGUGGUCCUAGUAUUGGAGCUAUGCCGUCUUCUAUGGUGUUACCACGCUUCGAGUGUCCACCGCCGUCUCUUCCACCUUUGUCAUCCGAAGUCGCUCGUCCUUUGCCUACAAUGGUACUACAGCCAACACCUAUCGUAUCUCGCGUAA